CAUACCGGCGCGACGUGCCGGGCGUAAUGACGCAAAAAGCGUGACGCACCGUGAUCGCCGUUGUCACUUCCGCGUUUCCCGCAUAGCAACAGCGGGACCGACAUGGCGGAGCUCCGCACGGACCCAGCCGAGUGACGGGCUUUACGGCUUCGGGCUUCGCCGCUGGACGGGGGCCGACGCCAUGGCUUCCCCCCAGGCUCGGCUCACGCAGCAGGCCAUGGCCGUGCUGGACGUCGUAUUCCGCGUCCCCUGUGUCUUUAUCAUCGACGCCAUUUGUAACUGCUACAGCGAUCCCGCGUCAGGAUGGGCCGCGACGGCCGGGAGGAUCUUCCUCCGGUGCCUGGGCAUCUUGGGCUCCAGCAUGGUGCUCGUCCUGUCCCAGAAGGCCCUCUUUCGCUUCUACACCUUGUUCUUUGCUGUGCUUUUGGGCACGGUGUCAGUCCUUAUUAACUACUACGCCACCUCUCACAUAGACUUUUACGGCGCGUAUUACAAGGCUGCCCUGGGCCACAGGCUGCUCCCCAGAAACGGACCCAGCCUGUGGCUCGGCCUGGCCAUAGUCCAGCUCAUGUUUGGCAUCGGCUACGCGGUCCUGCUCAACGUCCAGUCUGUGUCGGCCGCACUUGUCAUCCUCAGCGUCACGGUGCCCAUAUGGGGGCUCGUGGUGGAGCUGCCAGUGGAGGCACGGCAACUGGUGACCACCAUCUCUGGGCUCCUCCUGGCCCUUAACACAGCUAUCUACCUGGCCACCAAGCUGCGCUGGUUCUACUACUCCUGCCGCUACGUCUACCUGCUGGUCCGGCACAUGUACCGCAUCUACGGCGUGCAGCUCCUGCUGGAGGACACCUGGAAGAGGAUCCGCUUCCCGGACGUGCUCCGGGUCUUCUGGCUGACCCGCAUGACCGCCCAGGCCAUCAUCCUGGUCUACGUGGUCCGCGUGGUCAGCAGCGAGACUGGUGAUCCCAGCUACCUUAGCUGGGAUGUGUUCUGGGACCUGGUCAGUAACCUCAUCAUCAGCGGCUGCGACUCGACCCUCACGGUGCUGGGAAUGAGCGCCGUGAUCUCCUCCAUAGCACACUACCUGGGUCUCAGCAUCCUGGCCUUCAUCGGGUCCACCGAGGAGGAGGACAAGCGGCUCGGCUUCGUGGCUCCCGUCCUCUUCUUCAUCUUAGCCCUCCAGACCGGACUUAGCGGCCUGCAGCCUGAGGAGAGGCUGGUGCGGCUCAGCCGGAACAUGUGCCUGCUACUUACCGCCAUCCUGCACUUCAUCCAUGGCAUGACAGACCCGGUGCUCAUGUCCCUGAGCGCCUCCCACGUGCCGUCCAUGCGGCGCCACUUCCCCGUGUUACUGGUGUCGCUCUGCCUCUUCGUGCUGCCCGUCCUCCUCAGCGUGCUGCUCUGGUACCGUUACGCCCUCAGCACCUGGCUGUUCGCCGUCACUGCCUUCUGCGUGGAGCUUUGCCUCAAGGUCAUAGUCUCACUGACGGUCUACGUGCUCUUCAUGGUGGACGGCUACUCUGGCGUGCUCUGGGAGAAGUUGGACGACUACGUGUACUACGUGCGUUCUACUGGCAACGUCAUCGAGUUCGUCUUCGGGGUCAUCAUGUUCGGGAACGGGGCCUACACCAUGAUGUUUGAGUCCGGCAGCAAGAUCCGUGCUUGCAUGAUGUGCCUGCACGCUUACUUCAACAUCUACCUGCAGGCCAAGAACGGGUGGAAGACCUUCAUCAACCGGCGCACCGCCGUCAAGAAGAUGAACUCCCUCCCCGAGGUAAAGGGCAUCCAGCUUAACGCCAUCAAGGAUGUCUGCGCCAUCUGCUACCAGGAGUUUGUGUCGUCUGCUCGAGUCACCCCAUGCCGGCACUAUUUCCACGCGCUCUGCCUGCGAAAGUGGCUCUACAUCCAGGAUACCUGCCCCAUGUGCCACCAGAAAGUCUACGUGGAGGAGGAGCCACGAGACACCGCCGCCUUCUCCAACAACAACGGCUACGCCGCCCCCGACGACGGCGCAGGCAGGCUAGCGGAACCCAGAGAGGUGGAGGGCAUCGCUGCGGAGGCGGCGGCCGCCGGCCCUGAGAGUGACAGCGAGCUGCUGGAGGAUAACGACAGCAUCGAGUACGACGAGGAAGAGUGGGGAGAGAAGAACGGCGGCAUGCCCAUGGAGGAGGACUAUAUUAAUGACGACACGGAUUCCAGUGACGAAUGACCAGGACGUUGUAAUUUAAACGACAUCAGGGAUAUGUGUGUAUGUGUGUGUGUGUGUUUUUUUUCCCAUGUGAUUGAUUCUUUUCUCUGAAAUGUGUUUGCUUGCUUUCCAAGGGCUCAUGGAGGUUACAGGGAUGAUGGCUGAUGUUUUGCUGUACACUGGGGAGUCCAAAACGUCCAGAACCUGAAAUAUUCCUGAGCUUCGGGGAUGAUGAUGUUUUCUCCCUCUUGCUCCCUCUAAGGGAUUUUUUUUUUGGGGGGGGAGGGGGGGUAAAUCUAUAAUGAGCAGCAUGUCGGUCCUCAUUAUUCGUUCCCAAGCGCAGGUGAAGGCUGAAAUAUUUUUGUGACGGGACCACAUUCUGAAACUGGACAGGGAGCCGUCCUUAAACUGACAGCGUUGUGCAGUCAGUUGAUGGGGGUCUGGGUUAAACACGACGUGACAUCCUACUGUAACCUUUCAUAUACCUCUCGUGAUUACUAAUGGUCUCUUGUGCGACCUUGCUAAAGUUGUGUACAUUAUUGUACAUGUAGUAACAUAGAAUAAUCUUAAAAGAAAACUAAACAAAGGAGUUUAUAUUGAAAUUAGUAUUUUGGAAGGAGUCAGUUUAUCAGCAGGACGCCUGACGUCUGAUGGGGUAACUCAACGCCUUGGAUGUUCAGGUAUAUUCAUCUGUACCUGAGAACUAUCACUGAGAACGGCCAGUGGCCCUCUAGGGGAAUAUUGUGCUUGGCUGUGGAAUGCAACUUGAUGUAUGAAGUAUUUUCUCCAAAUGCUGAAAUCAUCCAAACUAGGAGAGGAAACAUGAUUCUCCUGAUAUGACUACAUGCUAUUAGAGGACUGUUUUAUUUUUCUAAAAAAAAAAAAACAAAUAAAAAAAUAAAAUCUCCUGUUUCUCAGACUACCACAGCUUCAGUAAUAAUUAGGUAACCCUUAUCGGGGGAAAGGCUUUUGUUUAUAUUUCAUUCUGAAAUGAAGGAUUGUGAUUACUGGAGGUUUUAAUUAAUGGUGAGCUCAUCUUUUUGGUCACUUAAAUGGAUUAUGUAAAUGAAAUCGCACAUCAUGGUGAUUCUUUUUGCUUCAUAAUGGAUUAAACAGAUGGGUUUCAUCCGUGUGUUUAGCCGGAUGGGUGGAUCGGCAGAAUGGCGCUCUCCGCAGCUCGUCGCUCUUCCUGAGCGAAGCUAUUCCCGUUCUCCGGUUCGUUCUCCAAUCAUGGUGUCGGUCGUCAUGUAACGUGAAGUUACAUCAUUUUAUAAAAUUGGGGUUCAGAAGCGCAGUUGUAAAUGUCUCUGUAAAUGCUCUGUAUCAGUAAUUUAUUUGAUUAUAUGACCAAAACAAAUGACAUUUUUUUGUAGAACGAUACUUGUAACAAAUAAAGUUUUUGGUCAUUUAAA